CAAAUUUAGAUCAGUCAGCUUCAAACUGGCGUCGCGACGGCUCUUUUCGCGUUACCGAGAAGGUAUACUAAAAUAAUUUCCUCGAUACGUUCUCUGUGCCUUAGAUCGCGUUCUCCGGUUUGCUGGAAAUUUUAACGAUAACGAGUGAAUAAAAUAUUUGAAAGAAUAAUGAAAAUAUGGUUCGUCCGCUAAACUCGUAAUCGAUUAAAUUCAUCUUUAACAUACCUAUGCAUAUUUGUUUCGAAGAGUGGGGAAUAUAAAAAUUUAAAAAAAAAAGAAAAGAAAAAUCAAGAAACGGUGAGUGAGAUACAGCUCUUUUCCUGUCCGGAAUCGCAGCAUGAGGGCAGCUACAACCACCAUUUGGAUUUUCGUCACUUUGAUUUUUCACGCGUCCUGUGCUCCUAGCGUUAUCAAAAUCGGUGCGAUAUUCCACGAUGGUUGCGAGGAAGACAAGGCGACGUUCGAGUACGCUGUUGAUAUUUUGCGUAUGAAUCGUCUGGCUGGUCAAUUGGUAUUGGAGCCGGUGAUAAAAUGGGUGAGAGGGAACAGCGAUGGCAUCGGUACGGCCGCGGCAGCUUGCGAUUUACUGGAGGAAGGUGUGGCGGUUAUUUUCGGUCCGAAAAGUCCUUACACAAGACCAAUCGUAUCCAGUAUCACCGCUCGUUACUCGGUGCCGCAUAUUGAAUAUGCAUGGCGACCCAUGGAUGAAUCUACGCUGCAGUCAACAACGAUCAACGUUUAUCCUCACAGCGAAAGUAUCGCCUCUGCAAUCGCGGUCCUGACGAAGGCUAUGCCUUGGACCCAAUUUACAGCGGUAUACGAAACGGACGAUGGUUUAACCCGUCUUCAGGAAGCGCUGAAACUCCACGGUCCAAAAGAUAGCCCAAUUACAGUAAGGCAGCUAGGAUCGGGUCCGGAUUAUCGUUCUUUACUCAAGGAAAUCGCAGCGUCUCGCGAAGUCAAUAUACUUCUCGAUGCCGAACAGGAUAACGUUAUAGAAGUAAUGAAGCAGGCCCAAGAAGUAAACUUGAUGAAGGAUUACCACACCUACAUCAUUACGGAUUUGGAUUUGCCGGGUCAUCCAAUACUAAAAACGUUCGUAAACUCAACGGCGAAUAUUACAGGAUUCUCAUUUUUAACUGAAAAGAGAGAUGAGAUUAGCGAAGCCCUUGGAUUUCAAGUAAAGAUUGAGGCCGCUCUGCUUUACGACGCUGUCAUGUUGUUCAACAAGGCAUUGGAGGGUUUGAACGUGGCAAAUGCGGAAACGGAUACGCCUUUAAAACUUGCACCAACUUCGCUGAAAUGUGACGCUAAAAAUUUUUACUCCGCUGGUAGGAAUUUAACGGAUGCGAUUCGCUCGGAAACGCGAAUCAACGAACUGACCGGCCCAAUCUUAAUCGACAAGUCUGGGUCAAGGCGGAACUUCGAACUCGAUGUGAUCGAAUUUCACUUGGACAGGUUCGUCACCAUCGGAGUAUUCGACGAUAAAGAGUUCAGGGUAACACGUAGCGCCAAGGACCGGCAAGAAGAUAUAGAAAAAAAAAUGGAAACCACCUUUUACAGGGUCACCACAAGAUUGGGUCCGCCGUACCUGAUGCUGGUCACGGACGGUUCGAACAGAGGUGUUCAAAUCGGUGAGUCGAGAUACGAAGGGUACAGCGUUGACCUGAUAACGGAAGUGGCAAAAGUUAGAAAUUUUCGUUUUCAAUUCGAACUGGUACCGGACGGUAACUACGGUUCUUACGACGAAGUAAACAAGUCAUGGGAUGGUCUAGUGAAACGACUUCGGGACCGAGAAGCCGAUCUCGCCAUUUGCGACCUCACUAUCAAUCACCAGAGGGAACAAGCCGUCGACUUUACGAUGCCGUUCAUGAAUCUUGGUAUCAGUAUACUCUACAUGAAACCGGAAGCUGAAGAUCCGGAUCUCUUCUCGUUCAUGAGACCUUUUACGACCGAAGUAUGGAUUUACGUUGCUACCGCUUACCUGGGGGUUUCGCUCAUGCUCUUCAUUCUGGCCAGGGUGGCGCCUGGCGAAUGGGACAAUCCUCACCCCUGCAACCCCGACCCCGAAGAAUUGGAGAACAGUUUCGACUUGAGAAAUUCUCUCUGGCUGACGAUCGGCUCUCUUAUGCAACAGGGUUCCGAUAUCCUUCCGAAAGCCCCUUCCAUACGAAUGGUAGCCGGUCUUUGGUGGUUUUUUACUCUCAUUAUGGUUUCGUCGUACACGGCUAAUUUAGCCGCCUUUUUAACAACUGGUAAAAUGGGUGAGACGAUAUCGAACGUCGAGGAACUUGCGGCUCAAACGAAAAUCAAGUACGGACUACUCGGGGGUGGAUCCACCUCGAUAUUUUUCAGGGAUUCAAACAGUACGACUUACCAAAGGAUGUGGGCAGCCAUGAACGAAGCGAGGCCAAGUGUUUUCACUAAGACAAACGACGAGGGGGUGGAACGUGUGCUAAGUGGUAAACGAGGGUACGCUUUCAUCAUGGAAUCCUCAGCAAUCGAGUACAACGUCGAACGUCAUUGUGAACUUAUGCAAAUCGGUGGUCUCCUGGACAACAAAGGAUACGGAAUCGCGAUGCCGCCAAAUUCUCCGUACAGAACUUCGAUCAGUAAGGCGGUUCUGACCCUUCAGGAACGAGGAGUACUGGAGGAGCUCAAAACAAAAUGGUGGAAGAAGAUGAACAUCGAAACCGUAUGCGAAAAAGAAGAUGCGAAAUCGGAUGCGGACGAGCUUGAACUUCGCCUAGCGAACGUCGGUGGUGUUUUUCUGGUUCUUAUGGUCGGAUGUGCAUUUUCUUUCAUCGUAGGUAUACUCGAGUUUCUUUGGAACGUGCGGAAAGUAGCGGUCGACGAGAAGGUCACGCCUAUGGAGGCUUUCAAGGGCGAGCUCAGAUUCGCCAUCAAUAUUUGGGCCGAAACUAAACCAGUCAAAGUAGCUCAAAGCAGCAGAGAGUCCAGCUCUGCUCCUGGACCCGGAAGAAUGGGGCGCGCAGCGUCCGCCGCAAGAUCCUUGGUAGGAUCUUUCCUUCGUCUCGAUAUGCUCGACAAUUUUGAGAAGGACAACGCCUCGAACUCCAAAAGUGGAAAUCAGAGAAACGACUGAUGUAACUAAUCAUCCAUAUUGACUGAUCAAUCGUUCAUUUUUUUUUUCUAGUCUUUACUUCGAUUUAAAACUCGAUUUCCAUCUUCUUUGGAAUAAUUUGCCGCGAAGCUAGUUUCAAGAAUUUUACAAACAGAUAAUUUUCUUAUUUUAUCCUGUGAAUUGUAAUUCACCGGUUCUGAAAAACCUGUAUUCUCCAAAAUUAGUCGCAUGGUAAAUAAAACGGAAAGCAAAUGGUGAUUUCUGAAAAAAUAA